AGGGUUUUGCCGUUAACUCAAUUGACUCUUCUUUCUCAAAUCUCUAUUAAAUCCCUAAAACACAAGAAAAUAUCAAACUCAUUUUUCUUCCAACUAAUCAAAUGGUUUUCUAUGUAAACGAUAACGUAGACAGCUUCAUCGAUGUUAAGCGAAUCUACAACAACUACAACGGAGGUCGUCUGCGCAAUAACCAAAACUUGUUUUUCGAUUUCCAAGUGCAUUACACUCGUGCCGAAGAAGAUAAUGACGAAGAAGAAGAAGAAGAAGAUCUUCCCAAUUUUGACAAUCUCGAAACUCUAACCGUUGAGCAAACUCACGAGUUUGAUCGAGAAUGCACUCUUACUGAUGAGAUUAAGGAUUUGAAGAAACAUGAUGCGAACGUGGACAGGCUACAAGUAACUUUAGGUGUUACUGUGUCGAGGUUUCCCGGUGAGGAUGAUGAUCACGUAGAUGUGCGAUUUGCGGUUGCUCCAGCGAACAAUGAGGCGGCGGUGGAGACACAUUUGACGACGGUUGUUGUUCAGAAUGAUGGAUAUUGUGUGAUAUGUAUGGAUAUGAUCCGAGUUGGGUCGGAUGUGGAGGCGGGUCGAAUGCCGUGUUUGCACGUGUUUCAUCGCGAUUGUGGAGAGGAAUGGCUUAGGAAUUGUGGGAUUUGUCCGGUGUGUCGUGCUGUGUUUCCUUCUUAAACUCAUAAAGUAUGUUUUACCUUGUUCAUUGCUUUUUUUGUUAGUUCAGCUAUAUCUUGCAUUGUGUAAAACACUCCUUAGAAAUUUGUUGAAACUAUUUUCUUUCACUGUGGUUUAGAUCUCUUCACUACUGUAUACUGAUGAACUUGUAUGCAUAAAAUAGUUAAUUACCU